CACCAGACGGUAGACGGUAGACGGUAGACAGUAGACGCUCGCUUCGAUUCCAAUCCACUUCGCAGAAUUCAAGUUUAAGCCAGGCCCAGGCCGACGACUCAAGCUCAGUGCGAGGCGACAACGCGCCGCGACAACAACGUACCACCAAUCCGCUCAGAUUCGCCAGUGAAAAGAAACCCAACAACAGAUGCGCAAAAUGUUCGCCUUUAUCGGAGUGCUUUGUCUGCUGCAAUCGGCCAUCUUGGUGCACGCACAGCUGAUUACGCUGCGCGAUGGCAAGGUGGGCGUUAACUUUGCCGGCUACCACGCCGAUGCUGGACUGGGCGGCCUCCUCACUGGCAACUCCGCCCACGGCGGCCUCAGCGCCUCGGCCGGCACCCCCUGGGGCUCACGAGCCGCCGCUGGUCUAGGCGGUAACCUUGACGGACGCACUGAUGGCUUUGGAUAUGCCGCUGCCCAGGCUAAUCCUUCAGUGGGCGCCAGUGCCCUGCUGGGAGGCAGCGCUGGCGAACACGGCUAUAUUGGCGCUGAGGCACACAGUCCCGGCAAGACGGUCAUCUCCUCCAAACAGCACACGGUCCAUCAGGCGCCAGUGGCCGUCUCGCCCACUUCUGGUCCAGAUGCACCUCCGGCUCUGCCCACCGUCAGCAAUAAUGUCCAGAGGGUUAAGCCCCCAAAGAAGUAUUCGUUGAUCAGGCAAGAUACGGACCGCAGCGAAAUCAUUGAGAAUCAUGUUGUGGCAGCCGCAGGGCCCAUCGUGCCCGCCACACACAAUCCGCCUCCAACUGGGCCUGCCACAUCGGUGAUAAUUGUGAAACGGCCACGCCACCGCGUCAAGCGCCCACGUCAGCGGCAACGCACCGUAUACGUGAUGCAGCAGCAGCAGCUGCAACAAAGCGAUUCUCCUGCAGGCGACACCCAGGAAGUGCACGAGCGGAAACCAGAGGCGGAACAGGAGAAGUCACCAGUGAAGACCGAUGUGAAGACCGUGCAGACCCACAAGUACUCGAAGACCGUCCAGAGGCCGCAGACAGUGGAGAAUCGCUUCCUGGCACCCCAAUCCUCACCCGUUGGUUUGGCCCUUGACAUUCCCAUUGGCAUCCUGCGCUCCUUGCAGCAAUCUCUGGGCAACCUGGUUGGCGGCGGUGCGCAACCCAACGCAGGGGUGGCGCCUGUUCAGGGCUAAUCCCACCUUAGUAUCCAUAAGCCUCUCUUUAUAUACAGUUAGAUCCGGUGUCAAUAAAGCGUUUAAACAGGUAACCAA